AUGACGAAAUCAUUAACUGGGAACGCUUUUCGAAGUUCGAGAGGCUCCAAAGAACAGUUGCAUACAUCCACCGCUUCACAGACAACUGUAGACCCAAGGCGGCAAAACAACCCCUGCCAGGAAGAAAUCUAUAGAGCUGAAAAUACCCUAUGGCGAUCGGCGCAGCUAGCUGAGUUUCCGGAAGAGAUGGUUCGACUCCAGAUGACAAAAGAUGGACGAAAAUCGAAACUCAACCAAGGUAGCCGUCUCUACAAGCUAUCACCGUUCAUCGACGAAUGGGUAGUAGCGCGAAUGGACACUCGAAUCGCUGGGGCAAUCUUCGUUCCGCACGAUACUAGAUUCCCAAUCAUUCUCCCGAAAGGUCAUCGCCUCACCACCCUAGUUGUGGAGUGGUAUCACCGACAUUAUCUGCAUGCGAACAAUGAAACCGUUAUCAACGAGGUCCGCCAGCGAUUUCACGUUCCCUGUCUCCGAGCACUAGUCAGGAAACUCUCCAGAACCUUCAAGGUCGGACGUUCUCUGGCCAAACCAUGGGUGGCGCUGUUUACGUGCCUCACCAUUCGGGCCGUCCAUCUGGAGGUGGUACACUCCCUUUCCGCUGAAGCCUGUAAGAUGGCGAUACGACGAUCCGUAGUGCUGCAUGGAUCACCCUUGGAGAUUAGUAGUGAUAACGGCACCAACUUCCUCGGAGCCAACCGUGAGCUACAGCAUCAGAUCCUGGAUAUGAACCAACAGCUAUCCGCCGUGUUCACCAACGCUGCCACCAAGUGGGUAUUCAAUCCGUCCGUCCGCAUGGUUGGUUCGUGGGAGAGGCUCGUCCGGUCGAUCAAGAUCGCCUUUUCGUCCCUGAAUAGCAGCAGAAACCCGGACGACGAAACUCUUCUCACAUUGAUGACCGAAUCUGAAGGGAUAGUCAACUCUAGACCUCUAACAUUUGUACCGCUGGAAGCGGAAUCGCAAGAAGCUCUCACGCCAAAUCAUUUUCUGCUGCUGAGGUCGCAGGGAGUUGCUCAACCUCCGAAGCCUAUAUCUGGAUGUCCUGAAUCUCUUCGGACCAACUGGAGACUGACCACUAACCUUGUGGAUCAAUUUUGGAGCCGCUGGGUGCGAGAGUAUAGCCCGACCAUUGCUGGUCGUACCAAAUGGUACGGAGAGGUGAAAGAACCGAAAGUUGGAGACCUAGCUGUCGUCGUGGAUCCGUCGGUCUGGAACGUAUGGCUGCGAGGACGUAUUGUUUCCGUAAUGAAGGGGAGAGAUGGGCGAAGUAGACAAGUUCAAGUGAAGACGCCAGGAUGA